AAGAGAGAUUUGACACUCAAGGGGGAAGCAGCAUGGGGAAACAGCUCCCGGAGGGGCCCCAGGAAUUCUGCAAGGAUGGCACUUACUCCAACAAGAAAGGGCUCUACAAAAGAGUCCAGAUUUGGGCUGUUUUAACCUUCCUUCUGUUCCUCUCCCUCACCUUGACCAUUCUGGGUAUCUCCUAUUUUUGGAAACCUGCUCCUCAAAAGAUUUAUGAACUGGAGCACAUGUUUGUCAGCAACAUGGAAAAGCAGAAGAUAUUACUGAAGAUCGAUCCCUUCACCUGGACGGAGACCUUUCAUACCGGGAAGGGUCGUGAGGAAGUCCUUGAAAUACACGAUUUUAAGAAUGGAAUAACUGGUCUCUUUUUCAUGGGCGAUCCCAAAUGCUUUCUCCAAAAUCAGAUUAAAGGGAUACCAGAAGCAUCGCAGAUGGAGAUGGAGGCGCCGGAGGCAGAGGAAAUAGGCAUCACCUACUUUGAGCAAUCAGUGCUCUGGGUUCCAGGAGAGAAACCAAUUGAAAACAAAGAUUUUCUGAAGGAUUCCAAGAUGUUUGACCUCUGCAAAAACGUUACUGCCUAUUGGGUCCAUCCCACUCUGCUAAGAGACUUUGAAAAAGGAAAUGAGGACCCGAUUCCCACGGAUGAGCGAAACCAAGCAGAUGUUCAGCAGGGACGCUGGUCCUUAAGCGAGGAAGAAAGCCAAGGCUCCAAACGCCAAGCUCGGCAGCUAGACGAAGAAGAUUUACCAGUGAACGAUUACACCGAGCACGGUCUCGAGUUCCAUCCUCUUUGGGAUGAGAGAGGAUACUGCUGCGCCCGUUGCCGUCGAGCCCACCGCUACUGUCGCAGAAUAUGCGAGCCGCUACUUGGGUACUACCCGUACCCCUACUGCUAUCAGGGAGGGCGGGUGAUUUGCCGUACCAUCAUGCCUUGCAACUGGUGGAUAGCCCGGAUGCUAGGGCGGGUGUGAGCACGCUUCAUCCAAAAGUAAUAAAAUCAGCUUAGUACAGCACAAGGUCCAUUCUGACUGUUUCCCUGUAGACGUUUCUAGGCGUGUAAUUCUCUUAAAAGGCCAUUAAGCACGCUGUAUGCGUACAUUUCUGCAAGAGCCACUUGGGUGGCCCAGAUGCAAUUAUCUCCUGAUCCUUCUCUCUACUCUUUUCCCCCAAAAUUGUAUCCUUUACGCAAUCCAUUUUCUCCAGGUCGUAUUUUUUUUUCUAUGUUUUUGCCCCUCGGAUAUAUUAUUCGGCGUAAAGUUUUCUGCAAUGCAUUCAAGUGAAUGUUGUUGUUUUUUUAAA